UAAUCAUGUCAUAUAUACUUUCCUCGCAUCGUAGUAAAACAUUAUUUUGUCCACAUAAGUUUUAUUUUUGAAAAUUUUCGUUUGUAUUUUUCACAAUUUUCUUAACUGAAAUUCGCAUUUCAAUAGUUUAACUGUGAUUUACGAGAAAACGAUGAAUUUAGAUCAAAGAACUUUUUUCAAAAAGUGCAGAGUGUGCAACAAAGAGGGAUCGCGAAAUAUUUUCGAAAAAAUAAAUAGAACAUUAGAAUCAUCAUCACUACAAUGUGUGUCAUCAAAUUCACGACUAUUGGAAAAAUUGCGCUUCGUGACCAUGAUUAAGAUAGACGAAUUCGACAACAAACCAAAAAUGCUAUGUGAUCUCUGCAUCAUUCAACUCAAUGUAUCGUAUCAAUUCAAAACGCUGGCUGUUGAAAUCGACGGAAAGCAUCAGCAGUACUUAAUUGAAAAUGGUGUCAAUCAUUCGCCCAAUAGUGAAAACAGUACCGUACAUAGCGUCGAGCAACGAACAUUGGAGAGAUCAGCGGCAACAGUUCGUCCGAUUACUUUUCCUGUCAGCUUAUCCAAUCUUCAACAUCGACGUGUAAUCAAGUCGGAACCGAACGACUAUGAAAUCAUGUCCGACAUUACGAUCGACACCAAUACUGACCUGCUCGAAGAUUUUCCACGAAAUGGUGUUACCAGCAGCGCUAGUAAUCAACCAUUCGGUACGUCGAAUAUGGUGUGUGUCAGUGAUCUUGAUUUACUCCGAUCGAAUGGUGAUUCGGAUACUGAAUUCAUCAAUAACUGUUUGCCCUCAUCGUACCGUUUUGAAAAUCCGGCUAAUACCGUGGAGUCACGUCAAUCGACCACGACGACCACCACAACAACGAUAGCGUCAAAACAGUUGGUAAUAGCUGCAUCGAAGACUACGAAUCAAAGUAAAACGGUUACAUCCGAUAGACACACGUCUCACAAUACGGAAGUUGUGGAAGAGCAAUCGUCCGAACGUGCGACCGUUUUGCCACGGAGGAAACGGAACAGCACAGUGAAAUUUGCCGAUAAUGAAGUGAAAAAGAGCCUUCGACCCAAAUCCAACGAAAACAUUGACUAUUCGCUGGUGCGGAAAAAGCGUAAGCUCAUCAAUCCGGUAAAUAAAGUGAAGCGAAACAAUAAGAUAAAACAGGAAAAUGACCCAAUCAAAAAACAGUCUGGCACAAUUGUUCCGAAAAAUUCAUCAAUAUUGAGGAACAAGCGCAGAAACGACAUGGUUGAUGAUAGAAGUCUACCACAAUUUCGACGUGGACAAAAUGCAAACAAUAAGGAGCAAUAUCGGGAAAAUCGAAAGAUUAGGCGACGAAUGGUUAUUAGAGAAACGGAUCGUUUUCGGUUUGCUUCAAUCAAGACAAUCGACAGUGUGACCUCAACGCGAAACUGACGUAGAAUUAAGCAAAAGUGGCAGGAUAAGUGGUUAUGAAAUUGGUGAACGUUGCGGAAAGUGCUAAUUGUAAGUUUGUAGCUCAACGGAACUAUUCAAAUGGGUUUCUUCAUCAAGUGAUUGCCAACGUAAAGAUUUACUAAUUUUAGAGAUUAAGUUCAAUGCUAUUUCCUAGAAUUAGAUGCACACACGUCACAAUUACUUGUAACACACUCAACAAAGUCUAGACUCACUGAAAGCUCACUUCGUAGUGAGCUAUUUUAUUUACGACAUAGUUCCAAACAAUCCUUGAAUCAUUGAGCAAAUUGUGUAAGUCUCUCUCUAUAUUGAGAAUGUAGCCUACAAAAUACUCUUUUCGUUGAGGUAUUUAUACUUCUAACACUAAAUUGUUUGUCCAUCUUAAAAAAUCAGCUUUUGAUUGAAGAUACUACUCCAUUGUAAUGUACUCAUGCUCAUCAUAGUCCAGGGCUAAUUAUUCGGAAUUUUAAUUAUAAAAAUUAUUUAAUUUUGGCAAAUCUCACAUCGUUUUCUUCUCUCUUUAACUACCAAAAUAACAUCGCUGAAUACUGUCGACCGCCUGGUCGGUUCGGCUUCAAUAACAUACGCGACACAAAAGUUAAAGUAUAACUAAAUCUUUAUUAAUCCGUAGGUGAUAAUAGUUCUACUAAAACCAAUUACAAAUAAAUUGACGCGACAUUAAAUGACGACCGACUUCUAAUGGUGUUCGACACGUACUGCUCGAUCUGCCGACUCGCAAAUCAAUCGUCCUAAAUCGGCAAACCGAAAGAAUUGACCACAUCGCGACCCUUAAUUAACUGUUUGACUGAUAGGUUGCAAUGCCGUCACUUAGACAUUAUAUUAGAAUUUCAAAAAAGUUGAAUUUUAACUUAGGAAAUUUAACAAAAAUUCUCAAAAAGUCUGAUAAAAUUCCUGAAAAAUUCCUAAGAAUUCCCGAAAAAAAGUCCGCAUAAUAAGUCCUGUCAAAGUCGAGUAACUUUCGAAUUGUAUCGAUUCAUUUCCUCAUAGAGAUCAUGAUGUCUGUAGACGUCAUAAAAACAUUUUUAGCAAUUCUAUUGCACUUCAAAUGUCUUACUAGACCGUUUAAAAGGGCGGAUUUCCAUAUGACAAACUCAUAUUUGUUAGCCAUACAUAGGCAGACAUUUUUACAGAAACAACUCUCUUUUAAACGGUCUAUUGGAUAAUAGUGUUUUCAGUUCAGUUCCAGAUAAAUGAAAUCGUUUCUGCUAGGUAGAACAUAUGAAUGACAGGGCUCCAUGGGAGAGAAUUCUCUUUAAAAAAAUCUCUUAAAUAUACAACCCUGCAUUCAUUCAUUUUUUACGUUCUAUCGCAGAAUGGGACCGUGGGCUGAUGUUAGCCUCAGUUCAGUUUUCCAAAUUAAAGCAUAAAUUGCACUACACUCCGUUUAAGAAUCGGUUCAUCCGUUUACAUGACAAUUCAACAAAAGAUAGUGAAUCGAAAUGAAUUUUUGAGAGAAAACUGUGUACUAAACGGUGACAAAAUUGAAUCGUGCUCAAUUUUUCGUCGUAAACGAAGGCAAAAAGGAAUGGAAACGGAGAACUUUUCCCUAAAUGGAGACUGUGCGAUUCGUACUCAAGAUUAAAAUCAGGUGAAUGCUUCAACAAAAUUUAUAUUUAUUUUCAUGGGUGCUCUCCCCCGCGGUAAUCUAUUUUGUACAGCUAAAUUAAAAGUUGAUCUACUCGAUCUAUAGAUCCAUGAAUCGAUCAAUGACCGGAAAUUGAUUUUGUUGAAAAAUUAGUAAUAGGAAGCUAAAGAAAACAAUAUACUAAUACCACUCUUACAGAAGACUAUAAUUGUUUCUGGCUGAUUAGACUUCAAAAACUUAAAUUAUUUACACUAAUUUAUGUUGUCAUUUCAUUUAACAGAUUUCGUCGCAUUAAGUUAUACCCGUAAUAUUGUGUCCGUGAUAAAAAGCGCUAUGAUUAAACUGUCAUUUCAUAUUUAUAUAAAUCAAAAAUCAACUUAGAAGUCUCCUUGGCCAGCAUUUGUAGCUUAUGAUAAAUACUUGUAAAUGUCCUACAAAUCAAGCUCUUGAGUUCAAGCUGUUAAGAUAACAUUUUUAUUAACGUUUUUCUCUUUGUUUAAACGUUUAAAGUAUUCGACUUUAAGAUUUAAGUUUCUGUUUACUCAACACAUUUAGUUAUAACGGAUUCAUUAUGUUAAAAAGCAAAUUAUGUUACAAUUCCGCAAAAUAUUUAUUAAAAAUUGAGAAAUUGUUAAUUUAA